AUGGGCGGUCCUGAACUCUUCUCCAUUGAGGGUGGCGGCGUGGCCGGGAAAGUCCCCCUCGCCCCUGCUCCCGAGUGCCGGAUCCGGCGGCUCUGGGGUCGCGGAGACAACCCCGGCGCAGGUGUUCAUCAUCUCCUAUCCCGCAUCACGGUCACGCUGGAUGAGAGGUGCCAGGGGAAGAGGGAUCGGAGUGCACAGAAAGGGGGAAUCGGGGUUUGCCCCUCCCAUGGCCCAAGCCGGGCGCCCGGGCGCUGCCCAUCCUUGGCGGUGGCGAGAAGAAGGGAGAGAAGCAGCAGAGCUGGCGCCCCUGGCAGCAGUGCCUACUGCGCCGCCCGCGCCUCCGGGCUCCCCGGGCGCCUUCGGGACGAAGGCUGCUGGUGCGGGGCACCCCACGCUGAUCAGGACGUAGGAGGCAUCUUGGAGGCCGCCAGAACGGCGGGGCGCGCCCUGCCUUACGCGACACCCCCGCGUACCCCCACCGAGCUCGGGCGCCAGGAGAAGCCGGCGCUGACCCCGCCCGCCCGCCCGCCCCGCUCCGGUCCCCCGCCCGCCGCCGGCGGGUGCCCCGCGGGCGCGGAGAGGAGCGCGCGGCAGCCGGGACCUACCUGUCUGCGGUGCGCCCGCUUGGCUGCGCCCGGGAGCACGGGCCAGGCGGUGGGGCCGAACUGCGCCCUCCCGGAGCCGCGCUUGUCUGUCCGCCCGCCCUCCCGGCACUUCCGCAUCACCGCCCCCGCCCCUGGGCCGAGGCCGCCGAGCCUGGGUGCGCGGGCAGCGCCCCGCCCUGCCCCGCGAAGCCACCGUGGGGUCUCCGCGCAGACCCAGCGACCGAGGGGCCGGGCUGAGCCUCGGGCCAGCCCCCCACCCCACCCUGCCGCGGUGCUCGGCUGGGCCCGGGAGCUUCCCAGCCUGUCCCUCCGGGAGCUCAAGAUCGGUGCGGACUUUGGCGAUCAACCGAGCCACGUGCCAGCGCGGUGGGGCGGACUGAUAGACAGCCCCCGGCCCUCGCCCGCCAGCCUGCGAACUCUACCGAGGGUCGCCGGCACCCAGCCGAGGGUCCCCUCCCUGAUCACCUUCCGGGCCUCUCAGGGUCAGCUCCUUGGUCGCUUGUCCCACCUCUUCACUCACCGCUAUCUUGACUACCCGUCUGCCGUUCUGAACGCUUUUCGGUUCCACAACAAACUUUUGCUUCCAGCCACCAAAGCCAGAGGGAAAACCAAGCUGCUGCUAUUGACAGUACAACCUGAAGGAGGAGGGGCCAUCCCCAGGGAGUCUCUGGGGCUUGCUGACAUCCACGACUAUCAGCUGCAGGCGCCCGCCCACUCCUCAGCCCCUGCUGGGGCCCCCCAGAAGCAGUGGCGCCCCCUGGAGGAGCGACUGGGAAGGCUGGAGGCUGAAGUCACAGAGCUCAGAGAACAGAACAAAGACCUGCAGGGGAGGGUGAGGCAGCUGGAGUCCUGUGAAUGCCACCCGGCUUCGCCCCAGUGCUGGGGGCUGGGUCGGGCCUGGCCCGAGGGGGCUCGCUGGGAGCCUGAUGCCUGCACAGCCUGUGUCUGCCAGGACGGGGCCGCACACUGUGUCCCCCAGCCUGGGCUGCCCCAUUGCCAUGGCUGCAGCCACAACGGUCAGGCCUAUGGCAAUGGGGAGACCUUCGCCACAGACGCCUGUACCACCUGCCGCUGCCUGGAAGGAGCCAUAACCUGCACCCAGAAGCCAUGCCCAAGAGGACCCUGCCCGGAGCCGGGCGCGUGCUGCCCGCACUGCGAGCCCGGCUGUACUGGAGGCCACAGGAGUGGGGAAACGUGGCAACUGGAGCCCUGUGUCAUCUGUACCUGUCAGGCAGGGACGGUGCAGUGCCAGGGGCCCUCAUGCUCAGAGCUCAACUGCCUGGAGAGCUACACCCCACCUGGGGAGUGCUGCCCCAUCUGCCGGCCAGGCUGUGAGUAUGAGGGGCAGCUUUAUGAGGAGGGGGCCAACUUCCUGUCCAGCUCCAACCCUUGUCUCCAAUGCUCCUGCCUGAGGAGCCUGGUUCGCUGUGUGCCCAUGAAGUGCCCGCCCAUCCCCUGCCCUGAACCAGCCCUGAGGCCCGGGCACUGCUGCCCCACCUGCCAAGCCCAAGGCUGCACAGAAGGUGGUUCUCACUGGGAGCAUGGCCAAGAGUGGACCACACCUGGGGACCCCUGCCGGAUCUGCCAGUGCCUGGAGGGCCACAUCCGGUGCCACCAGCGAGAAUGUACCAGCCUGUGCCCAUACCCUGCCCGGCCCCUCCCGGGCACGUGCUGCCCUGUGUGCAAUGGCUGUUUCCUAAAUGGGCGAGAGUACCGCAGCGGGGAGCCCGUGGGCUCUGGGGACCCUUGCUCCCACUGCCGUUGUGCCAACGGGAGUGUCCACUGUGAGCCUCUGCCCUGCCCACCGACGCCCUGCAGACACCCAGGCAGGAUCCCUGGGAAGUGCUGCCCAGUUUGUGACAGCUGUGAGUACCAGGGACACCAGUAUCAGAGCCAGGAGACCUUCAGACUCCAAGAGAGUGGCCACUGUGUCCGCUGUUCCUGCCAGGCCGGCGAGGUCUCCUGUGAGGAGCAGGAGUGCCCGGGCGCCCCCUGCACGCUCGCUGACUCUGGCCCCCAGCUCUGCCCAGCCUGCGUGCUUGGUGGAGAGGAGUUUGCUGAGGGGGUCCAGUGGGAGCCUGAUGCUCAGCCUUGCACAACCUGUUCCUGUCAAGCUGGGGUGCCCGUGUGCAGGGCUUUGCUCUGCUCCCCAGCCCCUUGCCAGCACCCCACCCAGCCCUCUGGUGCCUGCUGCCCCAGCUGUGAGAGCUGCACCUACCACGGCCAAGUGUACGCCAACGGGCAGAACUUCACAGAUGCAGACAGCCCUUGCCACACCUGCCACUGUGAGGAUGGGACCGUGACAUGCUCCUUGGUCAACUGCCCUCCCACAACCUGUGCCAGGCCCCAGAGUGGACCCGGCCAGUGCUGCCCCAGGUGCCCAGACUGCAUCCUGGAGAAACAAGUGUUUAUGGAUGGCGAGAGCUUCUCCCACCCCCGAGACCCCUGCCAGGAAUGCCAGUGCCGGGAAGGCCAUGCCCACUGCCAACCUCGGGCCUGCCCCAGGGCCUCCUGUGCCCACCCGCUGCCUGGUCCCUGUUGCCAGAACAACUGCAAUGGCUGUGCCUUUGGUGGGAAAGAGUAUCCCAACGGAGCAGACUUCCCCCACCCCUCCGACCCCUGCCGCCUGUGUCGCUGUCUGAGCGGCCACGUGCAGUGCCCGGCCCGCCGCUGCCCGCCCUUGCCCUGUCCAGAGCCGCUCCUGUUGCCAGGAGAGUGCUGCCCACAGUGCCCGGCCACCCCCUCUGGCUGCCCUCGGCCCGGGGGCGGGGUCCCCGUCCGCCACCAGGAGCACUUCUUCCAGCCCGACGACCCCUGCCGCCGCUGCCUCUGCCUCAACGGCUCCGUGUCCUGCCAGCGGCUGCCCUGCCCACCGGCGCCCUGCGCCCACCCGCGCCAGGGACCCUGCUGCCCCUCCUGUGACGGCUGCCUGUACCAGGGGAAGGAGUUCGCCAGCGGCGAGCGCUUCCCUUCGCCCACUGCCCGGUGCCACGUCUGCCUCUGCUGGGAGGGCAGCGUCAGCUGCGAGCCCAGGGCCUGUGCCCCGGCACAGUGCCCCUUCCCUGCCAGGGGUGACUGCUGCCCUACCUGUGAUGGCUGUGAGUACCUACGGGAGUCCUACCUGAGCAGCCAGGAGUUUCCGGAUCCCCGAGAGCCCUGCAAUCGGUGUACCUGUCUCGGCGGCUUCGUGACCUGCAGCCGCCGGCCCUGUGAGCCUCUGGGCUGCAGCCACCCGCUCACCCCGUCUGGGCACUGCUGCCCGACCUGCCAGGGAUGCCUCUAUCAUGGGGUCACCGCCGCCCCCGGAGAGACCCUUCCUGACCCGCUCGACCCCACCUGCUCCAUCUGCACCUGCCAGGAAGGCUCCAUGCGCUGCCAGAAGAAGCCGUGUGCUCCAGCUCUGUGCCCCCAUCCCUCCCCAGGGCCUUGCUUCUGCCCUGUUUGCCACAGAAACAUGUCACCCACAGGCUGCCUCUCUCAGGGCCGGGAGCACCAGGACGGGGAGGAGUUUGAGGGGCCCACAGGCAGCUGUGAGCGAUGUCGCUGUCAGGCUGGCCAGGUCAGCUGUGAGCGGCUGCAGUGCCCACCUCUGCCCUGCCCACUCCAGGUCACAAAGCCGGGGAGCUGCUGCCCUCGCUGCAGAGGCUGCCUGGUUCAUGGGGAGGAGCACCCUGAAGGCAGUAGCUGGGAGCCCCCCAACAGCCCCUGCUCCUCCUGCAUGUGUCAUGAGGGUGUCAUCACCUGUGCCCACGUCCAGUGUGUCACCUCCUGUGCCCAGCCUCACCUGGGGCCCCGUGACUGCUGCCCUCGAUGCUCUGACUGUGAGCAUGAGGGUCAGAAGUAUGAGCCCGGGGAGAGCUUCCAGCCUGGCACAGACCCCUGUGAAGUGUGCACCUGUGAGCUGCAGCCUGAGGGAACUCCCAGCCUUCGCUGUCACCGGUGGCAGUGUCCCAGCCUGGUGGGCUGUCCCGCCAGCCAGCUCCUGCCCCCUGGGCCCCAGCACUGCUGCCCCACCUGUGCCCAGCCGCUGAGUCCCUGCACGGAGCACCUGCGGGGGUCUAAGCUGGCCCCGCCAGACCCCUGCUACACCUGCCAGUGCCAGGACCUGACUUGGCUCUGCAUUCACCGGGCCUGUCCUGAGCCCAGCUGUCCCCUGUUGGAGCGCCAUACCCCCCCUGGGAGCUGCUGCCCCGUGUGCCAGGAAUGUGUGAUGGAAGCUGAGGGCCGGAGAGUGGCAGAUGGCGAGAGCUGGCAGGACCCCAGUGACGCCUGUAUCACUUGCACCUGCCAUGUGAGCUGGAGGUGGGAGGGUGAGGGUGGAGGACCUGAGAGAUGGAUAAAGGGAGGAGCCUCUGGUCACUGGACCAGGGAAUAUGGGGUCUUCGAGCGGGGCCGCGUGGAGUGCCGCCUGGAAGAGUGCCAGGCCCUCUCCUGCCCCCAGGGCUGGGCGAAGGUGCGGGAGGCUGGCAGCUGCUGUGAGAGAUGCCAAGCCCCCGCCCAGUGGUGCGCGCACCAGGGCCGGCAGGUGGCCUCCGGGGAGCGCUGGGCCGUGGACGCCUGCACCAGCUGCUCCUGCGUAGCCGGCGCCGUGAGCUGCCAGAGCCAGCGCUGCCCGCCGCUCUCCUGCAGGCCCGACGAGGCCCCCGCCCUGAGUCCCGGCAGCUGCUGCCCCCGCUGCCUGACCCGGCCCGCUUCCUGCAUGGCCUUCGGAGACCCUCAUUACCGCACUUUCGACGGCCGCCUGCUGCACUUCCAGGGCAGCUGCAGCUACGUGAUGGCCAAGGACUGCCGUGGAGGAGACUUUAGCGUGCACGUGACCAACGAUGACCGGGGCCGGAGCGGCGUGUCCUGGACCCACGAGGUGGCCGUGCUGCUGGGAGACGUGGCCGUGCGGCUGCUGCAGGCCGGGGCGGUCACGGUGGACGGGCGCCCCGUCGCCUUGCCCUUCUUGCAGGAGCCUCUGCUGUAUGUGGAGCUGCGGGGACGCACGGUGAUGCUACACGCCCAGCCGGGGCUCCAGGUGCUGUGGGAUGGGCAGUCCCAGGUGGAGGUGAGAGUGCCUGGCUCCUACCGGGGCCAGAUUUGUGGGCUCUGUGGCAACUUCAAUGGCUUUGCCCAGGAUGAUCUGCGGGGCCCUGAGGGGCUGCUCCUAUCCACUGAGGCUGCGUUUGGGAAUAGCUGGCAGGUGGGAGACGGCCGGACCUGUCCCUCAGGCCUCGAACUGCCCACCGUGCUGCUGCAGAUGGAGCGGAGCCGGCGGGCCCAGGAGCAGCUCCUGUGGGAUUUGGAGCUGCUGACCGGGGUGGGGCUGGGCCUCUCCUGGCCCCCCUGGGCCCAGUUCUGCGGUCUGAGGGACCAGGCCCGGUGUGCGUGGAGCCAGUGCAGCAAGCCCCGUGGUAGGACGGAUGGGGGCUCUGAGCGGCUGACGAGUGGGAAUUCCGGGCUGUGCCCAUCACCCCAGGCUGAGGACUCCCUGAGCCAGGACCGUCAGCUCCUGGAGGGGGGGCUGGCAGAGGACCCAUCGUCAGCCCUGGAUCUGAGUGAAGCCAGGUUUGAUGCAGACCCAAGGUGGGAGAGCCCUGGCAUACCUGCAGAAGGGCCCACAUCUGGCUGCUCACAAGAGGUGAACCUCACCACCAGCAGUAGCUUUGGAGAACCAGGAAGCUCAGAGUUCAAGGAGCUGGCCCAGAGGGAAGACGGAGAGCUAGCAGGGUCCAUGCCCCAGAGGCCCCAUCAACCACCAUCCAGAAGCCUCCAGGAGAAGAAGCUGGCUCAGGGAGCCCCAGGGCCCUCAGGCCUCCCCUCCCAGGGCCUGCCAGAACCCCAGGAUCCCCUGGAGGGGCUGGGCUGGAGCCUGGGCCAGGAGAGAGCAGAACUAAAGAAACUGCUAAGAAUUGAGAUUCCUCAGAGUCAGAGAGAGGAGGCCCCUCAGGAUCAGAGAGGGAAGGCCCUCCAGGGGGAGGACAAGGAAGUUCCUCAAAGUAAGAGAGAGAAGACAAACGAGGGUCAGAGUGGGGAGGCCCCUCAGCCUCUGAGGGAAGAGGUCUCGGAAGGUCAAAGGUGUGAGAACAAAGAGGCUCCUCUAGGUCAAAGCGGAAGUCGCCUUAAGUGCCGGAGAAAGGAGGCCCUCCUGGAGCAGAGUGAGGAUUCUCCUCAGGGCCCGGAAGUGAAGAUGCUUCAGUCUUCGGAGCGCAGAGGCCGUGUCUCACAAGCCUGGGAGGUGGCGCGGGGAGAGGCACCUAUGCCGUCCCGGGAGGAAGGCGGCUCCCUGGGAAUUCCGGAGGGCUUCUCCAGGUCCCUGGGAAAACAGACGCCGCAGCCUGGGGGAAGGGAGGGCCCGGACCCGCGGGGAAGAACCACCCAGCUGAGGCAGGUUAAGACCGGUGGCCCGAGAGGAGAGAGCGCAGCGGCCGUGAGAGAGCAGGGGCCCACCCGGGAAGGGGCGCCGGCUCCCCUUACGUCCCCGGGGCCUCCGGCCCGGCCGCCGCUCCCACGCCCAGAAGCGGUGUUGCUAGCGGCCCUACGCACUGGUGGUUCCGGGCAGCGGGAGCGCCCCGCAGCUCUCCCAGGGCACCCGGGCCUGCUGAGCGAUCCGCACUCGCUUCAGGGCCCGGGAGGAAGCCCUGGCCCCGCGGAGCAAGAGCUGGGCGGCUCCAUGGGGCUCCCGGGCGCCCUCGGGGGGCGGAGGGGAGGUGCCGAGGCCCCCAGAGCCUCGAAGACCGCGUGGCCCGAGUCCCCGAGCAGGGACAGGCGGUCGGCGGGCGUGAGCGCGGCGCAGCAGGAGACGGCUCUGCAGCGGCUGCUGGAGCUGCACAGUGAGGCCAGGCGUCGGCGGCAACAGGACCGCGAGCAGCAGCGGCUCCGGGUCUUGGAACGCCUCCGCAUCGCCAGGAACCGCCACUGCCGCGUGCACCCCUUGGGACCCCCACCGAGCCCGGCUCAGCUCCCACCACAGGAGGACGCGGCCAGGCAGCGGCGCGCCCUGCGGGAGCAGCUGAAGCAGAUACAACGGGAGAGGACCGGGCGGCUGCGAGCCCUCGGGGCCAGGAACACCCAGAACUUCCAGCAGCUACUGUGGCCCCCUGGCUCUGAGGAGCCUGCGCCUGGAGAGCGUCGCUCACUCUUCCCAGCCCCCUCUGGUCACUGCUGAAUCCUCAAAGGGACGAUUAAAGAGAC